UGCGUGUCCCCUGAAUUCUCGAACUUACAAGAGGACAUCCGCAGAAUUAAAGCCAAUUUAGUUCGCUUGCAGAAAAUGUAGAACGGGCUUGGAUAGAACAAGUGCAGAGAAGAAGCAUCCAUCUGCGCUCAUUCCAUUCGCUCGUCAAUGGCAAGCAUGAAGCCCUCUGUUGUACUAGUUUACAUUCUGACAAUCUUUUUCAAGACAGGGAAUGCUACAAGGUCGAGAUCUUUUUCCAAAUUUCCUGCCAUUCUCGUCUUCGGCGAUUCAACAGUAGAUAGCGGUAACAACAAUGAAAUCGAUACAUUGUUCAAAGCCAAUUUUCGUCCAUAUGGCAGACGCUACCCAGGUCACACUCCUACUGGGAGAUUCUCAGAUGGAAGACUGAUUACUGAUUUUCUAGCCUCUAUUCUGAAGAUCAAAAACGCUGUCCCUCCAUUCUUGAAACCAGAUUUGUCAGAUCAUGAAAUUGCUACGGGUGUUAGCUUUGCAUCAUCGGGAUCAGGAUAUGAUAAUGCAACAAAUGAUGUGUUUGGGGUGAUCUCAUUUCCCAAGCAAAUCGACAUGUUUAGGGAUUACACUGCAAGGCUAAGGAGGAUUGUGGGAGAACAAAAGGCUAAGAAUAUAAUCGGUGCUGCGUUGGUUGUUAUCAGUACUGGAACUAAUGAUAUAUCAACGUUGAGGAUGGACAAGAAUGAUACCGGGUACCAAGAUUUUUUGCUGAACAAGGUCCAGUUUUUUACCAAACAACUGUAUGAUCUUGGUUGCCGAUCCAUGAUUGUAGCCGGCCUUCCUCCAAUCGGUUGCCUUCCCAUUCAAAUGACCACCAAACAGCAGCCCCCUUCUCGCCGAAGAUGUUUGCACAAUCAAAAUUUGUACUGUGUGUCUUAUAACCAAAAGCUUGCCAGUAUGCUGCCCCUAGUACAGGCAAAGCUUUCAGGAAGCAAAAUAGCAUACGCGGACAUAUAUGAGCCACUAAUGGACAUGAUCCACCAUCCACAAAAAUAUGGAUUUGAGGAAACAAAUAAAGGCUGCUGUGGCACUGGAUUUGUGGAGAUGGGACCCCUGUGCAAUCCAACGACUCCGACAUGUCGACAUCCUUCUCGCUACUUGUUUUGGGAUGCUGUUCAUCCCGGCCAAUCAACCUACCAGUAUCUUACUAAAUACGUAGAGAAGAAAGUUCUGCCCAAAUUCUUGUAGUUCAUGCUAGGGAAUUUUGGGAAUUGUUUGAGACUUUAUAAUGUGGAAAGAUAAUAUUAUUUGGGAGAAA